AUUAAAUUUGAUAUAAGGGGUGUCGAUAAAUUUUCUUACUCACUCACUCUUGAGCCAAAAAUGAUUAAUGGGUAAAGUAAUUUAUGAGUUUCAUAAAGUCAAUGUGGUAACUCAAAUUCCAACUCAAAAUCUCACCCCGAAGAAAAAACAGUAAAAAUUGAUUGGAUUUGAAUUGAAGGUCGGAUUAUGAUUGGAUUGGGAUUGAACAUUUUAUGUUUUGAAUUGAAUCAUGUAACGAUUUUUUUUUUUUUUUUUUUAUUUUUGGUAAUUUUAAACCCAUCGUUGAGUGGAGAAAUUUUUUUUCCUGACAACAAAUGGAGAAAUUAUUAGAUGGUUCUGCUGCAUUUGGCAUUUGAUGAACUAAUUUAAUAAAAGAAAUAUUAAGAUUUUUUUGUAACAUAUUAAUACACUCCGAACUAUUUUUUCAUUUCAAGAGUUUGAAAUUUACUAUUCCACCGAAUAUAAAUGAUCCAUGAUGAUUUAAUAAUUUCGAGUAGUGAAAAAUUAAACACUCUCGAAUUCAAAAAUUAUCCAAAAGAGUAUAUUAAUACAUUAAAAAAAAAAAAAAUCAAUAUUAACUUUUAUUGAAUUAAUCAACCAAAGACCAAUAUCAAUAUAUCAUCUAAUAAUUCUGGAACUUUUAUCAUUUUUCAAUGAUUUCUCCAUUGAGUGACCGAUUGCUACGGUGACUUUUUUUUGGACCCAAAGGUCGGUCAGAGAUCACCGGUUAGAAGAGAUGCAAUUGCAGAGAGGUCCCAAGAACAUAACCGUUGCGUUCCCCAAAUUUUCAAAAUUUGCCAGGAACUUUGAAACCUCUGUACUGACGCAAACCCAAUCUAACCCUCUUGAAUAUGGUCCUACUUCUAUUGCCCAAAACCACAUUGACGUGUCCUGUGGCUAUAAUCCACACCUCACAGACGCUUCGAAGUACUUUUCUUCGCUGAUUCGACAGUGUACAGAACGAAAAUCCAUAAGAGACCUAACAAUGAUUCAGACCCACAUGACGAAAUCUGGGUUUCCUCACCUCAGUUUAGGCAGUAAGCUCUUUGAUGGGUAUUUAAAGUGCGGUACUAUCGUUGACGCGCGCAAACUGUUCGAUGAAUUGCCGCAGAAACACGUAGUCACUUGGAAUUCAAUGAUUGCCUUCUACAUUAGGAAUAGAAGAAGCCAAGAAGCUAUAAGUCUUUAUGAGAGGAUGGUUUUGGAGGGAGUUUUCCCUGAUGAGUUCACGUUUUCUAGUGUUUUUAAGGCAUUUUCUGAUCUGGGUCUUUUUCAUGAAGGCCGGAGAGCUCACGGACUGUCAGUUGUUUUGGGUGUGAGGGCGUCGAAUGUGUUUGUUGGUAGCGCGCUUGUGGAUAUGUAUUCGAAGUUUAGGAAUAUGCGGGAUGCCCGGUUGGUUUCAAAUCGAGUUGGGGACAAAGAUGUGAUUCUAUUUACAACUUUAAUUGUUGGUUAUUCCCAAUGUGGUGAAGAUGGUGAAGCAAUGGAGGUUUUUGAGAAUAUGAUCAAGGAAGGUGUUAAGGCUAAUGAGUAUACAUUUGCACGUAUUUUGAUUGCUUGUGGAAAUUUGGAGGAUUUAUUCCAAGGUAAGUUGAUUCAUGGUCUCCUUGUCAAGUCUGGAUUUGAAUCAGCUGUUGCUUCGCAAACUUCACUACUAACUAUGUACUCUAGAUGUGGCUUGAUUGAUGAUUCUCUAAGAAUUUUUAAGCGUUUUGUUAGCCCAAACCAGGUGACUUGGACAUCUCUGAUAGUGGGUCUUGUGCAAAAUAGUAAAGAAGAGAUUGCUUUAUCAGAGUUCCGCCAAAUGCUCCGUGGGUCAGUAGUUCCAAAUUCUUUCACAUUGUCGAGCAUUCUUCGGGCGUGUUCAGGCCUUGCCAUGCUUGAGCAGGGGGAACAAAUUCAUGCCAUAGUUAUCAAAUAUGGUUUGGACAGAGAUAAAUAUUCCGGAGGAGCACUGAUCGACUUAUAUGGAAAAUGUGGGGUUGUUGAUAUGGCAAAAUCAGUUUUUGAUGGUUUAUCUGAAUUAGAUCUGGUACCCGUAAAUUCAAUGAUCUAUGGCUAUGCCCAGAAUGGUUUUGGACAUAAGGCACUUGCAUUAUAUAACAGGAUGAAAGAUUUAUGCCUUGAACCAAAUGAUGUGACAUUGGUAGGUGUUCUCUCAGCUUGCAACAAUGCAGGGUUGGUUGAAGAAGGUUGUCAAAUUUUUGCAUCCAUUUCGAGCAGCAAUAGCAUUGAACUCACAAGAGAUCACUAUGCUUGUAUGGUUGAUCUGCUAGGACGUGCUGGGAGACUUCAAGAGGCAGAAAUGCUAGUAAACGAGGUCAAAAAUCCAGAUGUGGUUUUAUGGAGGACAUUGCUUAAUGCAUGUAGGACUCACGGAGAGGUUGAUUUGGCAGAGAGAGUUAUGAAUAAAGUGCUUGAGCUUGCACCAACAGAUGAGGGGAUUCAUGUCUUGUUGUCGAAUCUUUAUGCAUCAACUGGUAAUUGGAACCAGGUGAUCAAGAUGAAAAGCACUAUGAAGGAAAUGAAGUUGAAGAAAAGUCGUGCAAUGAGUUGGGUGGAUGUUGACAGGGAGGUUCAUUCUUUCAUGGCUGGGGAUCUGUCCCACCCAAAUUCUAGAGAAAUUUGUGAAACAUUAGAGGAAUUGAUUGUGAAAGCCAAACAUUUAGGUUAUGUUCCGGAUACUAGAUUUGUAUUACUGGCUUUGGAUGAGAAGCAGAAAGAGAGUUCUUUGUAUUAUCAUAGCGAGAAGCUGGCCAUAGCCUUUGCUGUAUGGAGGAGCAGAGAUAAGACUACUAGUAUCACAAUUCUAAAGAACCUUAGAGUUUGUGGGGAUUGUCACAACUGGAUUAAGUUCAUCUCCAAGGCUGUUGGGAGAGAAAUAAUUGCUAGAGAUGCAAAGAGAUUCCACCACUUUAAAGAUGGGUUGUGUUCCUGUGGAGAUUAUUGGUGAAUUUAUAGCUGAUGUCAUUUUCAGUUCUAUUUUUCAAUCUGUGAGGGCAACCGUUGAUCUGGUCUGUGGUUGAUUCACCAACUUUCUCAGUUUUCUUCUGACUAAUUAAUUGAUAGCACCUGUAUCACGAGCUGCUGCCGCCCAAUAAUUGAUCCAUGUGGAUUAAUUUAUCAGAAUUUGGCACAGGAAUGAUGAAUAGAUAGCACAAAAUGGCUUGAUACCCUCUGUGGCUAAACCAGCUGCGAAUGUGAUGGCAUGUUGCUCGGCAAUACCUACGUCAAAACAGCGAUCUGGAAACCUCUUCUGGAAAUAAUUGAGGCCAGUUCCACCACCCAUUGCUGCAUGGAUGGCUACAAUCUUGUUAUCUACCUCAGCUUCUUUUACAAGGGCUUCGGCAAAGUACUGGGUAUAAGAAAGUGUGGAGGAUUUGGCCUUAAAUUGCUUUCCUGUUUUAGGGUCAAACUUGACGACCCCUGAAAGAAUGGGAGAUUUUUUUGUUAAGUAUGUUGUCAUGAAAUUUUAUUAACACAAUCAGUAUACCCGUAUAUGAAGUUACUGUCUCACCAUGCAUUUUAUCAGGAGCUGCUUCUGCUGGAGGAUAACCCUUCCCUUUCUCUGUUACAAUGUGGAUCAGAACUGGCCCUGGUGCAGGCAUUGCUUUUACCUUUUGGAAAAUGGUGACUAAAUCUUCAAUAUUGUGUCCAUCCACUGGGCCAAUGUAAUAUAACCCGAGCUCCUCAAAGAGAGUUGACCCAGACGCACUAAUCAUACCCCUCGCAUACUCGUCUACUUUUGCCGCAACUCUAUGUGUUUGCCCUCCAAUUUGCUUUGUGAUACUCUUUUAAGAGAGCCCGAAUUAGAUCUCUUUUGAAUUUGAUAUGAGUUAUGAGGAAUUAUAAUAGAAAGUAACAUGAAAAGCUUAGAGGUUUACUUUUGCAGCUUCACGAAGUUCGCGGAACUUGGGGCUUGCUUGGAGCUUGGAUAAAGCACUGCUCAGAGCUCCAACAGGAGUUGCAGGGCCAUCGAGGGUAGCAGUGGGCAAAGAUACUUGCUUAUUGUCAUUUAAUACAACAAUCAAGUUAGUAUCAAGGUACCCUGCAUUGUUCAUGGCCUCAUAUGCUUGUCCUGCAGUCAUGGCUCCAUCUCCAAUCACAGAUAUUAUAUUGUUGUUUUUCCCUAAAAGAUCUCUUGCAACUGCCAUACCUAUGAAAUUGUUGUUUUAUGCAAAUAAAUAAAUAACUUUAGCAUCUACUUUGUAGCUUGAGGAGUUAAAUUUACUAGAAAUGAAGGGCGUAAAAUGAUUAUAAUGAAAAUUCAGACACACCAAGUCCAGCAGAGAUGCUUGUAGAACUAUGUCCUGCACCAAAUGCAUCAUAGAUGCUUUCGUCCCUUUUCGGAAACCCUGCUAGCCCGGAGGUUUUCCUAAUGGUAUGCAUUUUGGAUCUUCUUCCUGUCAAAAUUUUAUGCGGGUAUGCCUGUAACAAUUUUAUUGCUCUGCUUAGGACCCAUGUUAUAUUGAAAUAGAAUGUGAUACAUAUAUUUUGUGUAAACAAUAUUGAGAUAUACAAGCACAAGUGGACAUCAAACCGUAUUCAUAUAAAAAUCUUGGGUCUGCUUGGUUUGUUACUCAGAAAACGGAAAACUGUUUUAAAAGAAUUAUAAAAGACAGUUCUUUAAAAGCAGGCAUUUUUUAAUUGAGUUUUCAUAAAACAGUUAUCAGAAAUCGUCAACCAAGCAAGCAGGUUUCUGAAUAGAUUUUUUAUUUUCAUUUCUCAGAAAACAGAAAACUGUUUUCAGAAAACUGAACCAAGCAGGCCCCUUAUUUAUGUCUGAAACCUUGGCACAAAUCUAAGCUACGAUCCUCUCAUACAGAUCUUACUGAUGUAUUCAUAUAUAAGGCCGCCGGUGCAUUAAUCUCUUCAUUUUUAUUUAUUAGUUAUUUAUUAUUAUUAUGAUUGUUUUUGUGAAAUAGAGUUACUCACCUGAUGGCCAACAUCCCAUAUGAUUUUGUCAUCAGGGGUGUUGAAAACAUGGUGCAGAGCCACAGCCAACUCUAUUACUCCUAAGCUUGCACUUAGAUGCCCACCUGUCUUUGAUACAGUGUAUACAAUAUCUGCUCUAAGUUCUGCUGCUAGUUGUUCAAGAUCCUGAAACAACAUACAUGAUGUGUUUUUUUUUUUUUUUUUGUGUGUUUGUACGUAUUAUUAUACAUAAAAGGUGAAGCAAAAUAAAGAAGAAACCAUUCAUCUGGUCAUGGAAGUGAAAACAGACUCAACAGAAACACUAUUUACCACGACGAUGACGGCGUCGUAUAUUAACAGCUUACCUGUUUAGAGAGAUUCUUCAUGUGGACAGGGUAAUUGACUGUAUCAAGUAAUGGUGUGGCUGGCUUUUCCCCUGAGAAAUCAAUCUUCCAUCCCUCUUUCUCUUUCCAGGUAAUCAUGUUCCCUUCCUCACCAUCUGAACUUCUACCGGCUGAAGAAGCUCUCAACAUGAACUGAACCACACCAUGAAAAACACCCAAACAUCAACAUUCAAAACAACCCAAAGUUCCAAACACACACACGCACUCACACACACUCGUGUACAUGUAUGUACUGCAUGGUUUUAGUUAAAGAUCACUAGUGGUUUUGUGUAUUACUUACCUGUUUUCUGCAGCCAUUGUUUGGUCUUGGAGCUGUCAGGCAUGGUGAAAUGUAUGGAUUUGGGCUAAUGACAGCGCCUGAAACAGCCAUGGUUGAUCAACUCUGGUGAGGGAAGAGGAGAGAAGGCUGUGUGUGUGUGUGUGUGGUGUUAGAGAUGGAAAAGGCAUAAUUUAUAAUAUGACAGGAAGAGUGUCUUACGCGACAUAAAAAACCAGCAGAGCGGAUCUCUCGUGGGAUAUAAUUUAAAUUAUUUGUAUGAGAAGGUUACUUGAUUAGUCAUGGCUAUAUUUGGAAAAAAGAAUAAUAGGGGCAUGGUAUGACAUUAAACAAUAAGGCCUUUUUUUUUUUGGAAUUUAAAAACAAUAAGGCCUUACAUUGCGUGGACGAAAUUUUUAGUGAUACGUGGCUAUAUGGUCUUGGACAAUCAAAACUCAACUCCUAAACAAAUAUGUAAGUUUGACCGGGAAUAAUCCUGUGUAAAUGUUACUCUUUCGGUGCUCACGAUUUUGAGAACUUAUUUAUACAAUUAUGAUAUGUUUCUGUUA